AUGGAGUGGCAACCUCAGGAGGGGCCACUGGGGCAGCUGGCCUACUGCCUCAGGGAUUCUUUGAAUUCUCGCGACGGCGCUGCUCAGAAGCAGGCUGAACAGUUGCUAGAACAAGCAACAUCAUCCCCGGACUAUGUCAACUAUAUCACAUACUUGUUUUGCACUCCGCAGAAGCCGUCGUUCUUGAACUUGGAGCAAGAUGAAUACAGCUUUGUCCGUUUCGCCGCGGGCAUGAACCUCAAAGUCAAGGUCCACGUUGCAUACAACACCAUUCCCCAAGAAUCUCUCGUAUAUAUCAGAUCGGCUACAUUUAUCGGACUACGUGACGAAAACCCGCAGGUGCGGAAAACGGCCGGCAGCAUGAUAACCGAGUUGAUCUCAGUGGCGGGGUUGUUGGCGUGGCCCGAGGUGCUCCAUGAGCUGUUGUCGCUUGUGGAAAAUUCGUCCGGAGACGUCGCUGGCUCGACUCGGGAAGCCGCCAUGUCUGCUCUGCACAAGGUCUGUGAGGACAACCGCAGGAUCCUCGAGCGGGAAUACGGCGGGCAGUGCCCUCUGGAUGUGAUCAUUCCGAAGCUUUUGACAUUCAGCUCCAGUGAAAGCCCUCAGAUUCGGGAGCUCGCAUUGAAGUCUCUCCUCAUUUUCCUUCCUCAUGAGCCCAAGGCUUUGAUGGGCUCGAUGGAUGUGUUUCUGUCGCAUCUGUUCCAGCUCGCCGGCGACCCUUCCUCCGAUGUCCAGCGUACGGUUUGCCAGGCUUUUGCUCAGCUCGUAGACUUUGCUCCCGAGAAGCUUAUCCCACACAUGGACGGACUGGUCAAUUAUAUCAUCAUGCAGCAGCAGAGCCAGAUAGACCCGGAGCUGAAUCUGGACGCAGCCGAGUUUUGGCUCGUCGCAGGCGAGCAGGCGGCACUGCAACAAGCUCUGGCUCCCCACAUGCCAAAAAUCGUCCCCGUGUUGCUGCAAAGCAUGGUAUAUGAUGCGGAUGAAGCCUACCGAUUAAGCACAGAGGGCGACGACGCUGAUGUGGAAGACCGCGAGGAGGAUCUGAAGCCGCAGUUUGCAAAAUCAAAAGCCGGUCGGCUAGAUGCUUCCAAGGCCGCGAACCAGCAAAACGGCAAUAAUGCGCCAGCACCGCAAGCGGAAGAUGACGACCUGAGCGAAGGCGAGAUUGAGGAUUCCGAGUUUGGAGACGACCCCGAGGACGAGUGGACCCUGCGCAAGUGCUCCGCUGCUGCGCUGGACGUUUUUUCGAAUGUGUACCACGAUCCAAUCUUUGAGAUCAUUCUGCCUUAUCUAAAGGAAACUCUGCGUCACGACCUGUGGGUGCAGCGAGAGGCGGCAGUCCUGACCCUCGGUGCGGUCGCAGAUGGAUGUAUGAACGCGGUUACUCCUCAUUUGCCUGAACUCGUUCCGUAUCUUAUUUCGCUCUUGAACGAUGCUCAGCCGGUGGUCCGACAGAUUACCUGUUGGUGUCUUGGCCGUUACUCUGAAUGGGCUUCUCACAUUGCGGACCCAGCCAAGCGUGCCCAAUUCUUUGAGCCCAUGAUGGAAGGCAUUCUGCACCGUAUGCUCGAUGGCAACAAGAAGGUCCAAGAGGCAGCGGCGUCUGCUUUUGCCAGUCUUGAGGAAAAGUCGGAUGCGAACCUGAUCCCGUACUGCCAGCCCAUUCUGCAGCAAUUCGUGCUGUGCUUUGCAAAGUACAAGGACCGAAACAUGUACAUCCUCUACGACUGUGUGCAGACCCUUGCGGAAUGCGUGAUGGACGAGCUGGCAAAGCCUGAACUAGUCGAUAUCCUUAUGCCCGCUCUCAUCGAGCGGUACAACAAGGUGUCGGACCAGUCUCGAGAACUCUUCCCCUUGCUGGAGUGUCUGGGCUAUGUGGCAGCUGCAUAUGGCGAUGCCUUUUCUCCGUUUGCUGCUCCCCUUUUCCAAAGGUGUAUCAAGAUCAUCUACCAGAAUCUGCAAGAGUACAUGGCCUCGGUCAACAACCAGGCUGUGGAUGAGCCUGACAAGGACUUUUUGGUAACUAGCUUGGACCUGUUGAGCGCAAUUAUCCAGGCGAUCGAUCCCCGCAAGAGUGGUGAACUGGUCGCCAACUCUCAGCCACGGUUCUUUGAUUUGCUCUGCUUUUGCAUGGAGGACCCAAACUACGAAGUGCGGCAAUCGUCCUAUGCUCUUUUGGGCGACUGUGCCAUCAACAUCUUCCCUCAACUGGAGCCGUUUGUAAACAACAUCAUGCCGAUCCUGAUUAAGCAGCUGGAUCUGGAUCAGAUCCGGGAUGACGACCGCCACACCACAUUCAGCGUGCUAAACAAUGCGUGCUGGUCCGCUGGUGAGAUCGCCGUGAACGAAAAGGCAGCGCUUUCCCCGUACGCGGAGAAGCUAUACCAGGGGUUGCUGGCCAUCAUCAACAACGAGGAGAUUAUCGACUCGGUCAACGAAAACGCCGCCAUGGCCCUAGGCCGGCUGGGCAUCUGCUGUUCAGAGCAGCUUGCGCCUCGCUUGGGAGAGUACGCCGGCCUCUUCCUCAAGUCAAUGAACGGAAUCGACUUCACGCGGGAAAAGGCAUCCGCCUUUCUAGGGUUCAACCACGUGGUAAUGCAGAACCCAGCGGCCAUGGAAUCCUCACUCGGAGACUAUUUCCAGGCCAUCGCCGCGUUCCCGACCAAGUCCCUCCACCAAGAAGAGUACCACGACAUUCAAAACUCGUUUCAACAGGUCCUACAAGGCUACAAAAAUAUGAUACCCGGUUUCGAUUCCUUUAUGUCUCAGCUUCCCCCUCCUGUCGCGCAGAAGCUCCGUUCUGUAUAUCAGAUUUAG